AUGCAGGAUUCACCCAGCUCCCUGGUGAUGGAUGGAUACUCCAGCAAUGUGCCAGCCUUCCUAACCAAGCUCUGGACGCUGGUGGAGGAUCCUGAAACGAACCAUCUCAUCUGCUGGAGUAGUAAUGGCACCAGCUUCCAUGUGUUCGACCAAGGACGCUUUGCCAAAGAGGUGCUGCCCAAGUAUUUCAAACACAACAACAUGGCCAGUUUUGUCCGGCAGCUCAACAUGUAUGGCUUCAGGAAGGUGGUGAACAUCGAGCAGGGGGGUCUCGUCAAGCCCGAGCGGGACGACACCGAGUUCCAGCACCUCUGCUUCCUGCAGGGACAUGAGCACCUCCUGGAGCACAUCAAGAGAAAGGUGUCGGUAGUGAAAAGUGAGGAGACCAAGAUGCGCCAGGAGGACCUCAGCAGGUUGCUAUACGAGGUACAGAUACUGAGAAGUCAGCAGGAGAACAUGGAGUGUCAAGUGCAGGACAUGAAGCAGCAAAAUGAAGUUCUGUGGCGGGAAGUUGUUUCUCUCCGGCAGAACCACUCACAGCAACAGAAGGUGAUCAACAAGCUGAUUCAGUUUCUAUUUGGCCAGCUCCAAUCAAGCCCUAGCAGCACUGGGAUAAAGAGGAAGCUACCUCUGAUGCUUGACAAUGGGAUCUCUGCCCCACAAGUGUCCAAGUUCAGCCGGCAUUUGUCUACGGACCCCCUCCAUGACCCCUAUUUCAUACAGUCGCCAUCAACAGAACCUGCCUCUUGCUUAAACAGCCCUGCAAUUGCUGGAGGACCCAUCAUAUCUGAUGUUACUGAAGCAUCACCAUCCAACAUAAUAAAUAUGCAAUCCUCUCCUGAAAAUGACAGAGAGAAGUGCCUCAUGCUGAUCAAGGAAGAGCCAGUCAGCCCUGGAGUUAAACCCACUGCUGAGCCUGAUGUCCCCCUGCCAGGCUGCAGGGCUUGCUCUGAGCCCCCUGUGCUCCCAGUUGCCAUGGUUCAGUCUGUUUUGGAAGGCAAAGGAAGCUGUGGCGCAGCCCCACCAGGGACCUCGCAACCAUCCGAGAGAAGAGGCAGAAGAGCAUUGCUGGACAGAACAGAUAUUUCAGACCCGUUGGAGGGCACUGACUGGAGCUUGGAAGGGCUGCAGCUGCUGCUGAGGAGCCAGCAGUACGGCCUGGAGCCUGCCAGCCUCUUAGAUGUCUUUAAUCCAAAUUUACCUUUGAGUGAGUGGAAUUUGACUGAAAUGGAAGCCAGCCUGUCACCGAUGCAGCGACUCACAGUGGAUCUGGAGAAGAAUGCAACUGAGAUGUCCUCAAAAGCGUUCAACCCACAGCUUAACAACGCCUGCCCAGAGAAAGAUGUCAUUCUUGAAAGUGCCCAGCAGUUCCUCAUCGAUCGUCAGUCAAUCUUUGGCAACGACCUCAUCAGCUUGCCUGAAAAUUCAUCGCUUUAUGUCCCAUCUGAAAAUACGGCUUCCUACCUGUCCUCUGUGGGUGGGCAAGGAGAUAUCCCAUUAAACCUGAGCUCUUCAACUGACAACAACCAGUGA